UAUCACUGGCUGCUGAGAUGUACGAACUUCCGGUUUUCCUGGCCGCUGCCGCUGCCGCUGUUGCUGCCCCUACCACCUGCCACGGCUGGGCCUCAGUUCCCGAUUUGGUCACCUCUUCUUCGUUCUCCACUGCGCCCAUGGUUCCUCUUGGAGCCAGGGCGGCGAGCCUGGCGGCUCCCGCGUGGUGAGAGGACCGUCCGGGGACGAUGAAGGCCCCGCACUGCAACUGCUGCCUCAGUCCCCUCUUGAUCUCCGCUUUCCUGCUUCUGCUACUGCUGCCAGGUUUGGGAGGGCCUUUGGCUGUGCUGCUGCAGGCGGCCGAGGCCGCGCCGGACCCCGGGCCUCCGGACCGCGGGCCGCGGACCCUGUCGCCCGUGCCUCCGGGUCCCGCUGUUGCCCAGUCCACGGGCCGCGCUCCCGCAGAAGCUAAAGGGCCGCGGGGCUCUGAGGGCGGCAAUGGCAGCAGCCCCCGGGCAGGACUUGGGUCAGAAGACUCAGGAGGGAAGGCCGGGGAAGAAGACUCAUUGGGUGGCAGCCUUGCUGUGAGCCCCAACCCCGGUGACAAGCCAAUGACCCAGCGGGCCCUGACCGUGUUGAUGGUGGUGAGCGGCGCGGUGCUGGUGUACUUCGUCGUCAGGACGGUCAGGAUGAGAAGAAGAAACCGAAAGACUAGGAGAUACGGAGUUUUGGAUACUAACAUAGAAAACAUGGAGUUGACACCUUUAGAACAAGAUGAUGAGGAUGAUGAUAACACUUUGUUUGAUGCCAAUCAUCCUCGAAGAUAAGAAUGUGCCUUUUGAUGAAAGGACUUCAUCUUUCUACAAUGAAGAGCAGAAUUUCUAUGUUUAAGGAAUAAGAAGCCACUUUAUCACUAGGGGCGGGGUAUUUAAGUUAUAUAUAUUAUAACAACCUUUAAUUUGUUGUUGCAAUAAAUACUGUAUCAUUUUGUUAUGUCUUUGAAUGUACAGAAGUGCUCUUAAUGGGCUCACAGUUGUUGGGAGUGAACUGCACUAUAGUAGAAAUCUGUGUGAAAAUUACUUUAAAGCAGGGUGUUUUCUGAUCAGUUAUUGUUUCUUGCUUACCAUAUUGUUGUAAACAGUUUUAUAUAUUAAUCAGUUAAUGUUUUGUUUUUUUGUGGGUUUUGGGGGGGACUUUUUGUUUUGGGGAGGAUUUUUGCCUUUUUUUUUUCUUGAUAAAACUAUAAAUCCCAACAACCAACUGGUGUGUAAAAAUAAUUUAAAAUUUCUUUACCAAGAUGUAUUUCCCAUUUUUUGGGGAAAAAGAAGCCAAAUUUAUUACUUUGCAUUUGUGUUUUUUUUGU